AUGCCAUCUGAGAUUGUCCAUUACCAGUCGGUGGACUCUGUGGUGGAAAUAGAAGAUGCGGUACACUACCCAGUAGAGUUCUUGCACACGCUUAAUCCUCCAGGCAUUCCACCGCAUCAUCUUUACCUCAAAGUUGGAGCUCCAAUAAUGUGGCUUAGGAACCUGGUUCCACCUAAGCUCUGCAACGGAACUAGGCUACAAAUCAAAGCGUUGCGCAGACACGUUAUACAAGCCGUAAUAUACACUGGAUGUGGUCAGGGGGAAGAGGUUUUUAUCCCACGCAUUCCCUUAAUUCCAUCGGAUUACCAUUUUCAGUUUAAAAGACUACAGUUCCCUGUCAAACUCUGCUUUGCUAUGACGAUAAAUAAAUCGCAAGGGCAGUCCUUAAAAAUGGCCGGUGUUGAUCUAAGGGAAGACUGCUUCUCUCAUGGCCAGUUAUAUGUCGCUUGCUCACGAGUUAGCUCUGCUGAUAGUUUAACUAUCCUUCAGCCUCGUGGAAAAACAAAAAAUGAAACUGAACUACAAAGAAGAAUAGCUUGGGUCAUUGAUAUAUUCCAUAUGCCUGGCUUCUUUGUCAAGAGGGACUGGAAGCUGCGCAUGAAGGACGAUAUCUUGUGGUUCCGAAACCACCAUGAGGUCAAGAAGUGUGUCAGACUCGGCAGUGUGAUGAGUUGGCUCCAGUGGCAGUAUUGUAAGAUUACACGAGUCAAACAUGGAAGUCAGCUGUCUAACAUCGUACAGGGAGGACCCACCUUGUUCAUGGUUAUCCUAGGUCUCGGCUCUUCGGACCAUUCAAGUCACCGCUCACAACACAGUCACCACAGGCACUACAGUCACUGCACGGUGCUCCUGGCCGGUCUCUGCGGCCUCACGGACGGGGAGGAACACUGUCACUGGACCCGCGAGUAG